UUUUAUUUUCAUUCGCUCUCCUCCUCCGCGGGCGCUCGGGCAGUCGCGUAGCUCAGCGCCCCUCUCGUACCCGGGUUCCUCCGGUCACUGCAGGCGCCACCGAUUGAGUCUCCGGGAGCGCCGGGGGGCCGUCCGGGGGCGCCGUCCGGGCCACACAUGGAGGGAAGUUAGGCCGGCGCCUGGCAACCCCAGCGAACCCUGGAAGGAGUAAGAUGCCUCGUUUCCCUGGGCGUUUAAGAAAGAAAGAGUUGCGCAACCGGAAGUUCCGCCUCCUGGCCCAGCGCUUCCUGUUUGGUAACUAAGGGCGCGAGAUGGUUGCUAGCGCUCCGGAGGCAAUUACACCGAAGCUUCGUGGGAACCUCGGGUGCUGGUCCUGGGCCUUUUCUCCAUAGGGUUCCCUUUGCCAUCAUGAGUAGCGACUUUCUGUCAGGGCUGCACUGGGACGAUGGCUUCGCCAUCCCUGUGGCGAACCAGGAGAACAAGAUACUGGAAGAUCAGUUGUCAAAGCUGCAGGAUGAGAAGUCAUACUUGCAAAAUCAACUACAUGUCUAUGAAGAACGAAUUAAUUCUAUAGCUUCUCAUUUAAAAAAUGUUAGACAAGAGUUCUUAUAUACACAGUCUCUUUGCAAAGCCAGGGAACAUGAGAUUGAAAGUGAAGAGCAUUUUAAGACCAUUGCAGAAAGAGAGCUGAGUCGAGUGAAAAAUGAAAUCCAAAGACUGGAAAAUGACAUCACUUUAAUACGGGAAAAGAAAAGUGAUAAGGAAAAUCAGAUAUUUAAAUUUACUCAAAAAUUGGAUGAUUUGAAACGUCAAAUGAACUGGGACCAGCAGGCAUUGGAGGCCUGGUUAGAAGAAUCAGCUCACAAAGAUAGUGAUGCCCUAACUCUCCAGAAAUAUGCACAACAAGAUGAUAAUAAAAUUAGGGCACUGACCCUGCAAUUAGAAAGGCUGACUUUGGAAGGUAAUCAGAAAAGAAAGGUACUUGACAAUGAAACUACAGAGACUCUAAGUGCACAGUUAGAAUUGGAUAAAGCAGCGCAAGAUUUUCGUAGGAUUCAUAAUGAGAGACAAGAACUCAUUAAACAGUGGGAAAGCACAAUAGAACAGAUGAAGAAGAGAGAUCGAGACAUUGAUAACUGUGCCUUGACAUUAGCAAAGAUAAAACAGGAAACAAGAGAAAAAGAAAAUUUGGUUAAGGAAAAGAUCAAGUUUUUGGAAAGUGAGAUUGGAAAUAACACAGAGUAUGAGAAAAAAAUUUCUGUUGCUGAUCGUAAAGUUUCAAAAUGUAGAAAAGAAUACCAGCAGCAUGAAGUUCAUAAAAAUCAGCUGAAGGAUGAGCUGGAUUCUUUAAAAGCCACUGUGAAUAGAAGUUCCAGUGAAGUAGAAGCUCUGAGGAAAAAUACUUCCAAAAUAAAGAAGGAUAUUGAUGGAGAAACAACAAGGUUACACAGAAUUAAAAAAUCUAAUGAGAAUGCAAAAGAAAAAUUAGAGCAGAUAACUGAGAAAACUAUGUCAGCAGAAGAGAAAGCUACCAAUUUGGAAGAUAUACUAAAGGAGGAGGAAAAAAGUGUGAAGGAAGUGGAAAUUCAAUUGACCAUAUUGAAAGGUGUGCUAUUUAAGAUAGGUCGUGAAUUACAGACUGAGACAAUGAAAGAAAAAUCUCUUAUAUCAGAAAUUGAAGGAACCCGUUCCUCUCUAAAGCACCUCAACCAUCAGCUACAUAAACUGGAUUUUGAAACCUUGAAGCAGCAAGAAAUUAUGUACAGUCAGGAUUUUCACAUUCAACAAGUGCAACGCCGAAUGUCACGGUUAAGGGGAGAAAUUAAUUCAGAAGAAAAGCAAAGUCUUCAAGUAAAAAUUGUGGAACUUAAAGAGACGUUGGAAGAGAGAAAUUCUACACUUGGCACUUUGGAAACACAGAUCAAGAAGCUUCAUAAUGAUCUUUACUUUAUCAAGAUGUCAAACAGUAAAAAUUUUGAUGAAAAAAAGUCCCUCAUGACCAAAAUAAAUGAACUAAACCUUUUCAAUGAAAGAUCAGAGAAAGAACUUAGUAAAGCUCGAGCUUUGAAGCAGGACUUGAUGAUUGAAGACAAUCUUUUAAAACUUGAAGCUAAACGUACUCGUGAAUUGCUUCACAGUAAAGCAGAAGAAGUUCUUUCUCUGGAAAAAAGAAAACAGCAAUUACAAACAACUAUGGAAGAACGAACUGAAGAAAUUAAGGUUCACAAAACUAUGCUUGCAUCACAAAUAAGAUAUGUCGAUCAAGAAAGGCAAACCAUAAGUGCUGAGUUUCAUGAGCGGCUAAGUAAAAUUGAUAAGCUGAAGAACAGAUAUGAAAUUCUUACUGUUGUUAUGCUGCCUCCUGAAGGAGAAGAGGAGAAAACACAGGCCUAUUAUGUAAUAAAGGCUGCUCAAGAAAAAGAAGAACUUCAAAAGGAAGGUGACAGUUUGGAUGCUAAGAUCAACAAAGCUGAAAAAGAAAUCUAUGCUCUAGAAAACACCUUACAAGUGCUGAAUAGUUGUAACAACAAUUUCAAACAAUCUUUUAAAAAAGUGACACCAUCUAGUGAUGAGUAUGGACAAAAAAUCCAACUAGAAGAACAGAAAAGAGCUGCUGAUGAAAAAUACAGAUACAAACAAAGACAAAUUAGAGAGCUACAGGAAGACAUCCAGACCAUGGGAAAUACGUUAGAAAUUAUAGAACAUUUAACACAUAAUGGCAAAGAAAAAUUAUCAGAGAAGCAGGCUUAUUCACUUCAACUAAGUAAAGAAAUUGAGGAGCAGAAGCCAAAAUUAGAGAGAGUAACUAAACAGUGUGCAAAACUCAUCAAAGAGAUCCGUCUUUUGAAAGAAACAAAAGAGGAAACACUAGAAGAAAGAGACAUCAAACUUCGCGAACUGAAACAGUUUCACCAGGUCAUUGAUGGAAUGCUAGCUGAUGUCACAGCAAAUGCCGAGAUCCACAUUAUCCUUCAAACAUACUUUCAACAGAAAGGUCUGGAACUCCCUACAGCUAGUACCAAACACGGGCACCAGAGAUCUCCUUCACAGGCUUCACUACUGUCACUAAGGUCGUCUAGGAGUUCUGCUUCUCAGACUUCGCUGAACAUAUUAGAGCUAACCUUCCCACCCUCUUCUUCACCAUCUGGCAGCACUUUUAGGUCAACUAGUUCUAGCAGUAGUAGUUCCAGUAAUGAUAAAAACAAAAAGAGCAGCAAGUAAACAUUUUAAUCUCUCUGAACAAACUAUAAACAAAAUAACCCAAAUUUCACUUUUAAAAUAGUAAAUUUCACUUUAUACUUUUGGGUGCUGUAUAAUAAUAUAGAGUCCUAUUGAAAUAGUGUGGAAAAUGACCAGACAAGUUUUAUCAGUGAAAAAUGUGAAAAAUGGUAGUUUAAAAAAAGUCAAGCCAAAGAAAUGUUUAACUUUCUUAUCCUUUUCCUAUUAUCUUCUUCACAUAUUAUACCUGGUUUUAACAAGGUUACAUAUUACACAAGUGUAGGGAAAACUGUGUUUUCCACUGUUAUUUUUAUGUCUGUUAUAACAGAAAAUAGUUGACUUUAUUAUUUCACACUAGCCAUGCAACUAUGUUCACUUAGAAUCUUUUAGGAAGAUAUGUUUAAAGAUGAAGACUUCUAACACUACUAAAAUUUUCACUUAUCCUAAAAGAUCCUGAAAUUAAGUUUUCUUUAUUCAAAGGAAUAUACUUCCCAGACUUUUGGGGAGAAAUGUUAGUUUAUUCUUUGAAAUAAUUUAAAAAAUGUUAACCAAAAUAUAGCAUUACCCUCACCCCUCCACCGAGAAAGCAAUCGCUAGGAAAGAGAAACAAUGCAUAUCAAUAAAAAUGCAGCUCAAAUUUUUAAGAAUUUAAAUUUAAGAAUCAGUCUACUUUGAUCUUGAAAGAAGUCAAACACAUUAAUAAUUUUGCUCUCAAGAUAGACAACCAAGCAUAAAGAACAAGAGUGUACUUUCAAAAUUUUCUUGAAUUAAUAAACAAUAUAAAGUAAAUAUUUACAAUUGUCAUUGUUUAGAACUGUCAUUGAAAGGCAGUAGUGAUAUUAAAUGUUUGGCUGAAACAUUGUUCUAAAGUGUGAGAUUUUAUUUAAUAAGACCUAAAACUGAUUAAUCUUAUAGUCACUUUGUUCUUAUUCUCUGCCUUAUAUUACUUUGUAAGUUAUUUGGAACUUGAAAUAUUACACACUGUUCUAUGAAGGCAGGGAUUGUAUCUUACUAGCUCUGUGACCUUGGAAAAGGUCUAUGCUUCUUUCAUUUGUAAUAUAGGGACAGUAAUAGUUACCUACGUAAAACAUUUACCAAAAUAAUGGAAUAUAUACAAAAUGCACAUGGCCUGACAUAGGAACUGCACAGUGACUUCUAUCCAUUGAGUUACCACCCAGAUCCUAGCACAGUAUUUGUGGAAUGGUUAGGCUCUCUGGCCAGAAUAGAAGUCUACAUUUAACUGUGAAAGUAACAGUUCCAACUUCAGUGUAGUAAUGCUAAGUGAUGAGACAAGGGAUUAACCCCAUUAUCUCCUUAUCUGGAAUUAUCUUAACAUCCACCUAUUGUAAGAAAGUCAACUAUCAUUUAUUAUGGAAACCAAGAUACAGCCAGUGUACCUAUAAACUAUAGACAUGAGGUUAUGGCAAAAACCUGAAGAUAUCAUUAGGGAUUCUUGACAAGUGUAUCCACAAUAUUUUUUACUAUGAUGGGUUUCCUGAACACAUCCUUGGAAAAUGGAGUGUGUACUCUGCUUAAGUGUACUAUGUCCAAGGAAAGAAGCUCUUGAGAAGAUGGACUUUCUAAAUCCAGGCAGGCUAUUGUACAAGGUACUAACUCUGAUUUUUUUUUUGGUACCUAAAUGUUAGCUUAAGCCACAAAAAUGCUUUAUAAAAUUACAGUACUUAUUGAUGGUGAUGCUCAAGACAAUCUACACGAAUAAAAGACAAAGAUGCUAAUUGACCAUACCUUCACUAUGCCCAUCAGCCAAUCAGAAG